UUGAUGCCUACUAAGUGCUAGAUUUGGGGAAAGCAAAGGUCAGUAAGUCACUGUCCUAAAUAACCUCCGUUUAGAUGGGACACAAAUUCCAAUACAGGUAAAAUAACUGCAACCGUGAAGGCAGCCAAAGUGUUUACAGGCUCCCAACUGGGAGCCAGCUAAUUCAGGAGCAGUUCAGGAUGGCUUCAGGGAUGAUGUGAUUUCCGAGCAGGACUUUGAAGGAUAAGUGGGAGGAAGGAUAGGGCAUAUUGGAGCAAACAGCCGGGCCAACAGUUUAGCCCAAAGGCCUGGGUUUGCCCGGGAGCUAAGGAGGGAGGAGGGGGCGGGGCGGAAGCGAUAGAUCGAGCGGCGAGGUGAGAUCCACAGGUUGCGGCCAGAUCCCGAUGGCGCAAUCUGGAAUACUACUGAUCCUGCGGUAGUCUCUUCUUUCCUCCGCCACCUUUUAAAUUGUAGAUGGCCCAGUAAGGGAGGACCCGGCCCAUAAUCAUCCGUGAAGGCCUCCCAGGGGUCCCGGCGCUGGGUACUCUGACAGACGCGCUGUGCUCCAGCUUCACAACCCGUCUGCAAUUCGGAUGUCGAGGAGAACUCACGAAGGGGAAUGGCUCGCGUGCCGAAACUGGGGCAGGAGAGAUGCGAUUUGCCGGGAUCUGGGUGCCUUUCCGUCAUGCAGGAGGGGGGCAGUGAGGAAGGGAGAAUGCCACAGGAUGUCCUUCCGGGACACCCAGCCCGCCCCAGUGAGGAAUGAAGCUAGUUGACCCCGGAUGUGUUUCCUCCCAGACCAAGUCCUCCUUCCGGCCUGGGCCGCCGCUGCCGCGGAAAGCUGGGCUCUGGUUUUCUGAGUCGAUUGUGACCAUGGCUGCUGAGUCUGAUGUUCUGCACUUCCAGUUUGAACAGCAAGGAGAUGUAGUCUUGCAGAAAAUGAAUCUCUUGAGACAGCAGAAUUUAUUUUGUGAUGUGUCAAUUUAUAUUAAUGACACUGAGUUCCAGGGGCACAAGGUGAUUUUAGCUGCUUGCUCCACUUUCAUGAGAGAUCAGUUUUUACUCACACAGUCAAAACAUGUCAGAAUCACCAUCUUGCAAAGUGCAGAAGUUGGCAGAAAAUUGUUGCUCUCUUGCUAUACUGGAGCACUUGAAGUUAAAAGGAAAGAGCUUUUGAAAUACUUGACUGCUGCUAGUUACCUUCAGAUGGUUCACAUUGUGGAAAAGUGCACAGAAGCUUUGUCAAAUUAUCUGGAAAUUGAUCUUUCUAUGAAAAACAGCAAUCAACAUAAUGACCUGUGUCAAUCCUCUGAUCCAGAUGUUAAGAAUGAAGAAGAAAAUUCAGAUAAAGACUGUGAAAUAAUUGAAAUUCCAGAAGAUAGUCCUGUAAACAUAGAUUUCCACGUUAAAGAAGAGGAAAGCAACGUUUUACAGUCUACAGUAGAGAACUUCACAUCAGAGAGAAAGGAAAUGAAAUCACCAGAGCUGUCUUCAGUAGAUAUAGGUUUUAAAGAUAAUGAAAUUUGUAUCCUCCACGUGGAAUCUAUCAGUACCGCUGGUGUAGAAAAUGGGCAGUUUUCACAGCCUUGUACCUCUUCAAAAGCAAGCAUGUAUUUCUCUGAAACACAGCAUUCACUGAUCAAUUCUACAGUUGAGAGUGGAGUGGCAGAAGUUCCUGGGAAUCAAGAUCAGGGCUUAUUUUGUGAGAAUACUGAACGAAGUCCUGGUACGGUGAAUGAAAUUCAGAAUCUGGAGGAUGCUUAUUCACUGAGGCACCAAUGCCCCAGGUGUCCUAGAGGAUUUCUUCAUGUUGAAAACUAUCUGCGCCACCUUAAGAUGCAUAAACUGUUCUUGUGCUUACAGUGUGGGAAAACAUUUACACAGAAGAAAAAUCUCAACCGACACAUUCGAGGGCACAUGGGCAUAAGGCCCUUUCAGUGUACAGUGUGCUUGAAGACAUUUACUGCUAAAAGCACGCUUCAGGACCACUUGAACAUACACAGUGGAGAUCGACCAUACAAAUGCCACUGUUGUGACAUGGAUUUCAAGCACAAAUCUGCCCUCAAAAAGCACUUAACCUCUGUGCAUGGCAGAAGCAGUGGUGAAAAACUACCCAGGCAUGAUCUCAAAAGGCAAAAUCUACUUUAAUUAGAAUUACACCUUGUUAUGUAAGCCUUUUAUCGUUCUGUUAGGCAAGUCUUUCUAUAGAAAUGCAGCAUUUGUAAUAUUGCAUCUUCCCCCUAUCUUUUGGUCUUAUUUUUGGUUUCUCUACACAUGUUAUUCUUUCUGAAUUUCUACUGUCAGCUCCAAAGUGUGGGAGACGUGAUAAAGCUGAUGGGGUGCUGUCUAAUCUCAUACAUUAUGUAUAAGACCCAGUGGUAUACGUAGAGAAAUAGUGUUCCUCUCUUAAAUAUUCUUGCUUCUAGUGACACAAGAUCCAGCAGUAUUUCCAGAUACUGAUUUUGAGUCUCUAGAUAAUUGAUGUAACUGUAAAAUCGAACCAUAUCAUAGCUUUAAUAAAUUAGGAUAACGGGAAGAGACAAUAAAUUUAAAAACACACUAUUAUCCAUUAUUAGUUGCUCUAAGAACAGACAAGCCUAGUGAAUUUUUUUUAACCAGCCACUCUUGGAUUCUGAACUAAACACUAAGGUACCUGUUGUUUUAAACUGUAAAGGAACAGAAUUCAUGUUCACUUGGGAGUAGCAGAAUUUCCUUACACAUGGGCUAACACUCCUUAAAAUAAUGUUUCCAUGAGUUGUUAGUAUAUGUAUUUUAGAAAUGAUUAAUUGGACCUAAGUUUCCUGAUUUUAUUUAAUACAGUUGCAUUUAAUAAUUUUUAGCCAGUAAAAUUAUACCAUUGGCAUGAAGCUCUGAAAAAUUACUUUUCUUAGAAAUCCCAACUUUAUGAAAGAUAUUUGUUCUACUGUGUCCUUUUUAAAUUUAUUUCAUUUUAUUUUUAUCUAACAUAUAGUAAAAUUGACCUUUGUUUUUGGUGUACAGUUCUAUGAAUUUUAACACAUGGAUAGAUUUAUGCAACCACCACUGCAAUCAGGAUACAGAACAUUCCAUCACCCCCAAAAACUUCCUUAUGCUGCUCCUUUGUAGUCAACACCUCCUCCUAGCUCUAAACCCUGGCAACAGUUCUCUAUCACUAUAAUUUUGCCUUUUCUGGAAUGUCUUAAAUGGUAUCUUAAAUGGAUGUUCCCUUUUGAGAUGCUUUUUUCACCCAUCCUAAUGCCUUUGAGAUUUAUCCAUGUUGUAUGUAUCAGUAGUUCAUUCCCUUUUUUAUUUUGAAUUGGCAAUGUAUAUUCGUUUUCUUGCUGUCAUUAGAUGAACAGUUUAAACGUGGGUAGCUAUUAGUGUUCUCUUAAUUAUUAAUAAUAACUUUUUUCACUUACAUUAAUGCAAUUUUCAUUCACUACUUGAUAAAAACCCUGCCCAUUCCUGAAGUUUUAUUCUUUGUUUCCAGAAAUGUGCCAUAAGCAAAAACCUGACUGUAUGGUUAUUUUACUAAGAGUAUUAAUUCAGAUUGUGUUAUAAGCCAUCACUCGCUAAUAUUCCUGUCUACAUAUAACACAAAAAUUUUUGGUGUCAUAACAAAGAUGCAAAUAUAUUGUAGGGCAAAUCAUAUUCUCUAAAGCACAGGAACUACUUUUAGUCAAGAAGCCUGAUUGUAUAUAUCUUACUUUCAAGAUGUUUUAUUCCUCCUCUGCUCGCCUCAAGUUUAUGUAGAAUUUCUGCCAUAUUUAGUUUCCGUUGAAGCCCUUGCAUAUUUUAAAAUGUAAUAUACUUUGUACCAUUUAUAAGAAUUUUGUGAUGAGUCACAUGUUGAUUGUUAUAAAUGUUGAAUAUCCUUUUUGUGUUACUUUUUUGAAAAAUAUAUUCUCCAUAGAAUUUAACUCUGGGAGAGACUUUAAAGAAUCUAGCUCUCAUAUUUGAUAAGAAAACCGACUUCAUGACCUCCAGGUCACUAGUUGGUGGCAUUGGGCAGGUCACCUCUCCUUGAGCUUUUCUUAAAUUUCUAUGUAAAAUAAUAACUUUGAUCUUGGUAAUUCGUAAGAUCAUCUUCAGGUCUAAAAAUCUAUGAUCUUAUAUUUAAAUCUUCCUGAGUUCCUAAGAACAGAGAAGAGAGGAAAGCAAGAGAGGAGAGUUUUGUGUCUUUAUGAAAGUUGCUUUUUGAGUAGUCCAUUGGAGACAGAAUUUUUCUAAAGUAAAUAGUGUUUUUCUUCCACUGGAGAACAUGAUAACUAUGCUUAAUUUUCUUCCCAGUCUGACCUAUGAUUGGCCAUUUGUAGGCAUGAAAAUAUUUCCCUUUCAGAAAUAGUUUGUGAUUGAAUACUUUUCUUAUUUUUGCUUCCUAAGAUGAAAUUUUGUGGGGGAGGGAUGGAGAUGGGAAGGGAGGGUAAAAGAAUAGUUUUUGGUUUUUUAGGAAUUGAUAUCUACUAUCUUUGAUGUUUGAAAAAAGUAUGAUUGAACAAUGUUUUAAGUUUUAGUGUGCCUUGUAAGGUUCUUGUGAAAUUUUUUGUAAGCACUUUGAGAUUUUUGCUUGGGGGGAAGGGGAGUUUUGUGAAAGUGGUGGCAGUUAUUUAUUAUUAUUUAUUCCUGUUCAGUAGCAUCCAGUGAUCUCAAAACAUUCCUAGGAGCGUGUCUGUUUGCAUGACGUGUCUAAACAAUUUCAGGAAAAUGGAGUCUUUUUUAAAAUGCAGGUAUGGCAAAGUAAAGUGUCAAAUUCAUUCAUUUAAAACAUUCACUUUUAGUUGUUUGUCUUUCUCAUAUAAUGGGAAAAAUGCAGUGUGUUGGAGUUCAGCCUCUUCAUUUACUACAUUUAUGAGUAAAAGAUCUGGAAAAGAUAGUUGUUAGUUUGGUGUAAAAGAAAAUCUUUGCCUUUUUCCCGUGGAUGUAACUAUCCUAUAUGUUUACAUAAGAAAUAAUAAACUGGAAAUGGGAAUGGAGAGCUUUGUGUUUUGUCUACAUCUGUGAAUUUUAAAGAAGGAAACUAUUUCUCCUGGCUAUUCAUUUAAUCAUUCAUUCAACAAAUAUUUACUGAGUCCUUACACCAAUAUAUACCUAUACUAAAGGUAUACAGACAAAAAUCCCUCCUCUCAUGAAACUUACAUUCUAGUGGAGGGAGACAAACAGUAAACAAAUAAAUAAAAUCAGUGUAUGUCAGAUUUUGAAAAAAGAGUUGGAGAAAAUAAGGCAGGGAUAGGGAGUGCCUGGGAAGGGAUUGGGAUUGUAAUUUUAAAUAUGGUGGUCAGGCCACCUUUGAAAAAUCAGAUUAUCAUAUACCACUGUCCAUUGGAAUGGAAAACAUAUCUAUAUAUCACUAGUUGAAUGGAAAACAUUGAAACAAAUGAACCAUUGUUGGGAACCUUUCUCUCGGAUUGGUAUACA